ACCCCUAUCAACGUUGAUUUAGUAUGACCCAACAUGGCUUCCAAAAAUGACGCUUUCGUUGCUACGCUGUGUUGUUUUCUUGCGAUUUCUCCAUGUUUACUUGCGGCACAGAGUUCCUCGACACUUCAAGAUACAAAAGCCUAUUCCCAGACUGUAGGAGGCCCUAAAGAUGACAUUCUAGAGAUAACACUAGAGGAUGGUUCCGUUUCUUUUGAAACGAAGCUGGCGCGAACGCACCCGGAAGCAAAUCGACCACCUGUUGCAGGUGCAGCUACGACCACAGGUGCACCUGCAAGACCGAGCCCUUUGUCAGGUGUCAAAGAGGAUACAGCUGAAGAAUCACCAUCUUCCCCAAAGCUGUGGGAUAUAAAGGAGCUGACAGCCUCAGACUACGACUCACUGAUAACAAACGCCUUCUCCCAGCCUGCCUGUAUCUUAUUCUCAUCACAGAGAAGGGGAGCAUCAGUCAUCGAAAAAGUUUUCCUCCAAGUGUUGGCAACUUCUGAAGUGCAGGAAGAGCUUUCCUCUGUGUUCUCUGUUGGAAAGAUAUAUGAUCCCACACUGAUGGACGUAGCAAGUAUCAUCAGCAUUCCGCGAGCGCGGCCGUCGUUGUGCUGCUACCGGGGAGAAACUCCUGUCUGUUUCUAUGGCGAUCACUCUGCAGCAAGGUUGAAAGACUGGUUGUACAUGCAGAAGAAUGAAGCAGAAAAUUUGAAGACCGACAUUCAUGCUAUAUCCGUGGACAGAGAGCUGCACACCAAUGAGGUCACUGUGCUUGGCUUUGCGAGAACAGAAGACCAGUCCGUUCGGCUGUGCAAAAUCUUUCAGCGUCUUGAAAAGCUUUUUCCAGUGAAAGUUAAGACCUUGAUUGUCCCAUGGGAAUCACCUGAUACGAGGAAGAUUACUCAGCAGUUUUCUGUGAACACUUUUCCUGCUGUCUUACUUGUCAGUAAGGCCAAUCCGCAUCAGCCAUUCAAGCAUCUGAUUGGACACGAUUUAACCUUAUCAACCAUUGAGCUUCACAUAGAGGCUACACUACAGAAGGUUGCAGUGCAGUUGACCUCAGAAAAUUUUCAAUCCAGAGUUCUCGAGCAAAGAUAUGCCGGACCAAUCCUGGUGUGCUUCUACUCCCAUAGAGAAAAAAGAAGCCUCGGUUAUGUCCAGUCCUUCCUGUUUACAGCAGAAAUGAUAAGAAAACUGGGAGCUGCCUUUAGAUUUGGACUUGUGGACCUUUCUGAACAAAGAGACAUCUUGGCAAAGGGUUGGGUUGACUCAACACUUGUCCAUCAAAUCCCAUUCAUUGUCUUGUUUAGCAAUGAAAAAACAGACCAGGACGGGAACACACUGACAAAGCAACGGUUGUUUUCGCAUAGCUCACCAGAACCAGUCAACGUACUGAUGUUUUUGGAGGAAGUUGCCAUUCCAUUGAAGGAUCACAAAGGGAUGCAGAUUGUCACACACUUGGACACCCCUAUGUGUGAAAUGGGAGCUCCCUUUAGCCCAGGAGUGUUGAACAGUAUGUGUGUCAUGUGGCAAAACGAGACAGCUUCAACUGAAGUACUUGGCUUACAGAUACACAAUAAAAAAUCUGUUGGUAAAAGAAAGAGAAAAGUCAAAGCAGUGAAGGAAACAGGAGGGAUACCGGUUCUGACAGGCUCAAACUGGGACCAAGUCAUCAGCACCACCCACGCCGCCCCUUCCUCUUAUGGUCUGCCAGGAAGCACCAGCCUUGUACAAGUUGUUGCAGUGACAUUCAUCAAAGCCAACUGUGGCACUUGUGCUAAAAAGAUGCCUGAACUUGAACUUGUUCACAAGGCAGUAGAAAGGAUGACAGGUGUUUCCUUUUACAUUUUCAACUGUUCCUCAGACCCUGGGAGGUGUGAACACCAAGGGAUUAGAGGGUUCCCCACACUUACAGCAUACAGAGUUGUUCAAAACAAGAGAGUCGAACAUUGUACCCAAGACAGUACGUACAACAGUAUCAGGCUUGACUACCAUGAUGUAUUAGGAGCCAUAAAAGUCUUAGAAUGGCUGUCACAAGUAACGGAACCAGCAACACGCUAUGUCUCAAAAACGAAGGAAUCUGAUUUUCAAGAUGUCGCCCUAUUUGCAGAGGUAGCUCCUGACAUAGCUAAGGGUUAUCCCUUCAAAUGCUUAGAGUAUUUGUGUGAGCAGCUCUAUGGCCAGGUAGCUUGUUAUGUCCUGUCCAAACAAGAUGCAGUCGGUGAAGCAGCAAUGUUACGUGUAUCCUUGUACCGCAGUGAUGGUUUGAAGGCACCAGUCUUUGUGGCAGGACAGCCUCUUGCGUUGGUUAUGGAGAGUGAAUCAGAGACGCAGCUACACCACUUCCACUCCCCUCACAAGUACAACCUCAUGCCGGACACCCUGUGUGAAGAUGACGCAGCGUUCUGUACCGACACCCUACUGAGUUUCAUACGGGACCACUCGAGACUCCCUGUCAUGCACAUCACCCAGCAAGUGUUCCACACGCAGCAGAGACAGCUGCUCUUUAACACAGACAUGCCCAUACUCAUCGCACUAGGCCACGCCAGUAACUUCACACAGGAGUCCCCCUUCUAUAAGAACCUGUACUCCGCAGCCCUGAGCAUGUACAAGUUCAUGAGCUUUGCUACACUUGAUGUGGACAUGUAUCCAAUGUGGGCGGGACAGUUUGUGCCAUUGGGGUACAGGAGAGAGAUGCUGGAGACCACAGACACCGGCUCGUUGCACUUGAACCCUCCCACUCUGUACACCUACCCCCGACUGUGUAUUGUAAGGUGGCAUGACCACAGAUUUGCGGCUUUUUAUCCAGACUUAGAGGAGAAACGAUGGCAGAGGCAGCACAGGAGCUUCACGAGCAGUGAGAUUGUGAAGUUUGCUGAGGACUUUCUGGAGGACCCAGAGAAAUUACUGACUAGAACAGAAAUGUUCUAGGACGUUUCUCUGUGACAAAAAUUGUGUAACUAAAGGGAAAAAAAAUGGUCGACAAUGGGAACUGCAUUGUAUGGACUUUGUACAAUGUCAUUCAAUUUUAGGUAUCCUACAAUGAUGGAACAUUUUGAGCUGUAUGUUCAGUAGGUACUUUGAACUGCAAAAUGUCGUAGCUACAAGCAUAGUUUUUGUUUCCAUGUAUAUUUUUCUUUAUAUUUCCAGACCAGCUGUUAUGGGCAGUUCAAACAAAUCUCCAAAAUAGGCCAAAAUAUUACCCAAAAUUUGCCAUGCAAUAAUGUUCAUAUUUAGUUUUGGUUUAAUGCACAUUCUUGGUUGUACU